AUUGAAUCAUGUGAUUUUAAAUUGAUUUCGUGUUGAUAUAAUUUUUGUUGAUUUACGUUCAAAAAUAUCGAGUCGGAAACCAAAAAUAAUGUCUGUCGUAAUCGAAACAACGAUCGGUGAUAUAACAGUCGAUCUUUAUAUUGAACAACGUCCGAUGACAUCGAAAAAUUUUCUCAAACUCUGCCAAAUGAAAUAUUAUAACAAUUGUGUAUUUCACUUUAUUCAACGUGAUUUUAUCGCACAAACAGGAGAUCCUUCCGGCACCGGUAUGGGUGGACAAUCUGCUUAUUCAUUAGUUAGUGGUUCAGAUGAAAAAUCACGAUUUAUCGAAGCAGAAAAGAAGCCAAAGUUAAAACAUGAUCGUCUUGGUCUCAUAUCCAUGGUAAAUAACGGCGAAAAUUUACAUGGAUCACAAUUUUUUUUCACGCUUUGCGACUCACUCAAUUAUCUUGACAAUGUUCAUACGGUUUUUGGAGAAAUCACCGAAGGUAAUGAUGUGCUGGUCAAAUUAAAUGAUACAAUCUGUGAUGAUAAUCAUCGACCCUACCAAGACAUAAUGAUCACUCAUACAGUCAUCCUUGAUGAUCCUUUCCCUGAUAUUGCUGGCCUGAACAUACCUUCAGAAUCACCAAGAAUCAACCUUGAAGAAUUGAUUGAUUCUGAUCGAAUCGGAAUCUGUGAAGAGGUAAUGGAAGAUGGUAAAACUAAUGAACAAGUUGAAGAAGAAUUAAAAGAUAAAGAAGCAAAACAACGUGCUCUGGUUCUAGAAAUGAUUGGUGACAUACCAGAUGCCGAUGUUAAACCACCUGAAAAUGUUCUUUUUGUGUGUAAAUUGAAUCCAGUCACUAGGGAAGAAGAUUUGGAGAUAAUAUUUUCACGAUUCGGAAAAAUUGUAAGUUGUGAAAUAAUCAAAGAUCAGAAAACGGAUGAAUCCUUACAGUACGGGUUCAUUGAAUUUGAUCGUAAAGAAGAUUGUGAAAAAGCUUAUUUUAAAAUGGAUAAUGUUCUGAUCGAUGAUCGCCGAAUUCAUGUUGAUUUUAGUCAAUCUGUUUCCAAAAUAAAAUGGCGAGGAAAAGGUCGUGGUGUCACUUUUAUAGACGAUGACCACCAAAGUCAAAGUCGAAAUCAGGCCAAGUCAUUAGAGUAUGUACAAUCAUUGUCAUCUUCAUCAAAAAGUAGAAAUCAUAGAAGUAGUCAUCAUCAUUCUCAAUCGCGUAAUACGGAGCCGAUAAAGGAUAGACGAAAUCAAAGGGAUAAUCAAUUAGAUUCAAGAAAACGCAGGCGAGAAGAUAAAAAUGAUCGAAAACAUUCAUCAGACCAACAUCGAUACUAUCGUGAUGAUGAUGACAAUUAUCGUAAACGUUUUUCACGAGAUGGUCAUCAUCAUCAUCAUCAUCGAUCAUAAGACAUUCAUCUCAUAAUGUGAAUGGAAAUAAACCUAACCUUGGAUAGGAGAAGAUUUUUUCAUGAUCUUUGAAUUC